AUGGUUGACAAACUAACUCCAGACCAAAUCGAUCAAUGCAGGAGGCUCUUCGAUAUUUUCGACAUCAAUAAAGACAGAAGCAUUUCCGCAAAAGAAGUGGGCAAAGUCAUGAGGUCUCUGAACUUAAACCCUUCAAACGCUGAAGUUGAAGCCAUGAUCCGCAGAGCAGAUACUCGGGGCACUGGAAGAAUUGAAUUCAAUGAGUUUUUGCAUAUGUACGCUGAAAAAAUAAGAGAGCCUAUCACAAAAGACGACGUUGUAAGGUAUUUCCAGAUGUUUGAUAGGAACGGAGAUGGGAGAAUCGACCCAAAGGAAUUCAAGCAAAUCAUGACAACAAUGGGAGAGCCGUUGACAAAUGACGAAAUUGAUUUUAUUAUUUCAGAAGCAGACAAAGACCUCAAUGGGUAUAUUGACUAUAAAGAGUUCUCAGAGAUGCUCUUAGAGAAGAUUAUAUGCCCUACCAUACUUAAUAUAUUAUUUUAUAUUAAUUUAAAUAUGUAAAUUCAUUCUUAAACAGCCUAUAA